AUGGCCCAAAUCACAUCCCUUCAUCUUCUCCUAAUCCUCCUUCCUACAACCCUCUUCACCAUAUCUCAUUCAAAUCUAUCCAUCAAAGCUAGCCUAAUGUACCCUUUCACAUGCGCCCAGGACUCCAUCCAAACAUGCAAUGCAUCCCUAUACCACAUCUCAACAGGCCUCAAAAUCGAAGAACUUGCCACUUUCUACAACACAAACACUUCCCAAAUCACACCCAUAAGCCAUGCUACAAACCAAGACUACCUUAUUUCAGUGCCAUGCACGUGCCGCGACAUGAACGGCACGUUCGGGUAUUUCUACGAUAGCACAUAUAAUGUGAGCAUGGGCGACACUUCAACGAAUGUAAUGGACAGGAUUUAUAAUGGUCAAGCAUGGAACGGUGGAGAUGAUGGGAAACUCCUUGUAGGGAAUGUGGUCCCUAUCCAUCUCUUGUGUGGAUGCUCGAAUUCGCCGACGGUCGUGACGUACACCGUCCAAGAACAGGACACUUUGGCGGGGAUCGCGGAAUUGCUGUCUUCGAGCGUGGAUGGGAUUGAGAGCUUGAAUGGGAGAAUGACUCAAAAUCCAGGAUUUAUUGAUGUUGGAUGGGUGUUGUUUGUGCCUAUGGAGAAGGUUGGAGUGGUUACACCUAAAGAAGGCAAAAGGAGCAAUACACCAAUAAUCAUAGGUGUAGUUGCAUCUGUAUCAGUAUUCCUCGUAGCCGCUGGAGUGGCGGUCGUGUGCUUCAUCAGGAGAAACACGUCGCGCCAGACCGUCGUCCAAGAUCCUAAAAUCAUGGGCAAAACCUUGAGUGCCAAAAACAUGGUUUCCUUACAUAACCAGUACCUUCAAAGAGAAAACAUGAAAGAUGCGGCGGUUUUCGAGUCUGAAAGGCCUGUAACAUUUAGUUUAGAGGAGGUUGAAGAAGCAACAGGAAAUUUUGAUGAGACGAGGAAGAUCGGAGAGGGAGGUUACGGGAGCGUAUAUUUCGGCAUCCUCGAGGCGCAGGAGCUUGCAAUUAAGAAGAUGAAGUCUAGUAAAUCCAAGGAGUUUUUUGCAGAGCUGAAGGUGUUAUGCAAAGUACAUCACAUAAAUGUGGUUGAGCUGAUCGGGUAUGCUUGCGGAGAGGACCACUUAUAUCUGGUUUACGAGUUCGUUCGCAAUGGUUCGCUCAAUGACCAUCUUCACGACCCAUUACUCAAAGGCCAUCAGCCACUUUCUUGGAAUGCAAGAGCCCAGAUAGCACUCGAUGCUGCGAGGGGAAUCGAAUACAUCCAUGAUCACACAAAGGCCCAGUACGUCCAUCGCGAUAUAAAGACAAGCAACAUCCUACUCGAUGAGGGGCUCAGAGCUAAGGUUGGAGAUUUCGGGCUGGCAAAGCUCGUAGAACGUAGCAGCGAAGAAGAUUGCUUUGUGACGCAUUUGGUCGGAACUCCUGGUUACCUUCCGCCCGAGUCGGUUCGUGAGCUACAGAUGACGUCGAAAACCGAUGUUUUUGCAUUUGGGGUGGUGCUUGCAGAGCUGAUAACUGGUCAGCGUGCUCUCAUCCGAGACAACCGGGAGCCGAACAGGAUGAAAUCGCUAACUUCCAUCGUCUAUGAAAUAUUCCGAAAAGAAGAGCCGGAGAAUGCACUUGAAGCUGUUAUAGAUGGGAAUCUCAAGGACAGCUAUCCAAUAGAAGAAGUAUACAAGAUGGCGGAAAUCGCUGGAUGGUGUUUGAACGAAGAACCGGUGAAUCGACCGGAGAUGCGGGAUAUCGUGGUCAUGCUAUCACAGAUUAUGGUGGCUUCUGUGGAGUGGGAGGCCUCACUUGGCGGCAAGAGUCAAGUCUUCAGUGGCAUCCUUAAUGGCAGAUGAGACGCCUCUGUGGAUAUGACGACGAUCGCGCUUUAAAAUGGACCACCUACAUGCAUUGAAGGCUUUGAUCAUGGUUGAUGAACUUUGGAAAGAUGAAAUGUUUUUACCAUAAUGUUUUCUUUUGGGUGGGGCAUCCUUUUGUUAAGUAGGCGUGAUCUUAUGUGUGGGGCCCAAGUGGACACUGAUCAACAAAGAUCAUUGAAUGGAUGGG